AUGACUUGUGGUAUGUUUAAGGUUUGGAAAAAGGAAUUCGAAGAUUUAUGGAAUAACUUUCGCACAGUGUAUGCAAAAUGUUUAAGUAAUGAGGAUAAAACCAUAGACGAUGAAAAAUUAUCGACAAUAAAGGCAAAAUACAAUUCAGUAUCACUUAAUUAUUUCAGUACAGUAGGUAGUUUAAUAGAUAAAAUUGAGAUGGGUACAAGUAGUAAAAACAAGGAAACCGAAAUUAAAGAAGAUUCCACUUCUAUUGCUCAGCAACAACCAUCCAUUAGUUCAGGAAAAGAUGUUUCAUCCGAUUCUUCAACUCUUCAAAGUUUUCUGGUAAACCAGAAAAGGAAUAUUUUGUUAGCAACAGCUUUGGUUAAAAUUACUGUUCAUAACCAAACAUUUCUCCUGAGAGCUUUGAUCGACCCUGGAUCUGAAGCUACAUACAUAUUGCAAUCUGUAGUGACCCGAUUAAGGCUUUUCACCCGUUCAACCAAUGCGUCUAUUUGUGGCAUUGGAGGAGUUCAAAGCGAACUUUCAACGAGUAUGUGUCCUCUCACUCUCGAAUCUCGCAUCAACCCUGAUGUACACAUUCCCAUUGCAGCUGUAGUUUUGAAAAAGCUGACAGGUAAUUUGCCAUCGCAGACUGUUGACGCAUCAAACUUGGUUGAGCUCAAAAGAUUGCGAUUGGCAGAUCCUAAUUUUGAUACACCCGCUUCUAUAGAUAUGUUGAUAGGAGCAGAUAUUUACCCUCUUAUUUUGUGUGAAGGUAUAAAGAGAGAAAAAGACCUUUCUCCAAUUGCACAAAAUACGGUGUUUGGGUGGAUUAUUUCAGGCCCAUGUAAUGAAAAUCCAAACAAAACAACCCUUAAUACAUUUUUUAUUAGACUUUUACUUCUGAAACAAAUUCAAAAGUUUUGGGAACUCGAAGAGGUUCCAUAUGUCAAACCCUUAUCUGAUGAAGAUAAAUUUUGUGAAAAAUUGUAUGUGGAUACCACAAUUCGAAAUAAAGAUGGUCGUUACAUAGUGAAACUUCCAUUCAAGCCGAACUUUAACGUUUUAGAUUUGGGCCUUUCCAGAAAGAGUGCAGUUUCUCAGUAUCUGCGUCAAGAGAAACGUCUUCUUAACGAUAUGUGUCUGAAAGAAGAAUACAACAAAGUUCUAAAGGAAUAUGUUUCGUUAAAACAUAUGUCCUUUGUGCCACCAUGUAGUUUAAACCUUUCCAGUCCGCACUUUUACUUACCGCACCACGCUGUGGUAAAACCAGAUAGUGCUUCGACAAAGGUAAGAGUUGUAUUUAAUGCAAGUGCAUCUACACACAAAGGAGUAAGUCUUAACGACAUUCUUUACAGUGGCCCUGCUUUGCAAAACGAUUUGCAAACUAUUUUGUUAAGAUGGCGAUUAUAUCCAUAUGUUUUCAAUAGCGAUAUUGAAAAGAUGUAUCGCCAAAUAUAUGUUCACCAGAGUCAUCGAAAAUUCCAACGGAUUAUAUUUCGAUCUUUUGAUUCAGAAUCAGAUUUAGCUGAUUUUGAAAUCAACCGAGUUACGUUUGGAGUUAACUGUGCUCCAUACUUAGCAAUCCGAACGUUGCACCAACUUGCUUUGGACGAAGCAAAUAAAUAUCCCUUAGCAAAAGAAGUGGUGCUUUCGGAUUUUUACGUUGAUGAUGUUUUCUCUGGAGGUUUCAGUCUGGAUCUAGUCCUAAAGAUUCAGGAAGAAUUGAAAUCCCUUCUUUUGGCUGGUGGAUUUAGUUUGAAGAAAUGGACCGCAAACCACCCUCGCUUGUUGGAAAACAUCCCUAGGGGGGAUGUUUUAGAUCAACACUUUCUUAUGUUCGAAGAGUCUUCACAUUCGAAAGUUCUGGGCGUUGGGUGGAAUGCGAGGGAAGAUUCAUUUUAUAUUCGUUGUGAACUAUCUUCUCUGCCAGAGUCUGGUAUAACAAAACGGGAAUUGUUUUCAAAUAUUUCAAAAAUAUAUGACCCUAUCGGUUGGCUAGCACCAACAACAAUUUUAUUAAAAAUAUUGAUGCAAGAUGUCUGGAAGGACAAAACAGAGUGGGAUGUUCCCAUAAAACCCAACCGUAUAGAAACUUGGAAAGAGUUUGUGAAAUCUUUUCCAAUUAUAAAAGAUAUUAUAAUCCAAAGAUGGAUUAAUUAUACCCCAGAGAUGUGCGUAGAAAUACACGGCUUUUGUGAUGCAUCUCUCAGUGCGUAUGCUGCCACCGUUUACUCAAGGAUCUCAGAUUCAUCUGGAAACGUUUUUAGUUACCUUCUUACCUCAAAAACAAAAGUAACUCCCCUGAAAGCUAUUUCGAUACCUCGGCUAGAACUUUGUGGAGCUCUUUUGCUAACAAAGUUAGUAAACGCUGUACAAAGCAGUCUACGCCUUGAAAACUGUCCUGUCUAUCUUUGGACGGACUCGAUGAUUGUACUUUAUUGGAUUCGUGACUGUCCAUCUCGGCUUGAAACCUUUGUCCGUAACCGGGUGUCUAAAGUACAAACUGAAUGUCCUCCAGGUAGUCUUUGGAAACAUGUUCCUUCAGAACAAAAUCCCGCUGACGUCGCUUCUCGAGGUGUUAUGCCUCAAAACUUAAUAAAUAAUACCCAAUGGUGGCACGGUCCAAGUUGGUUAAAGUCUUCAAAGGAAACUUGGCCAGUAACAAAAAUUCAAGAGGACUCUGAAUGGAAUCUUGAAAUAAAACAAAUAAAAAGCUUCGUUGCGAAUCAAAAUGUCAGCCAUGACAUUUUGAAAAGAUUUUCGUGCUAUGCUCGUGCUGUAAAAUCAAAUGUGCAGAGAAAUGCUUAUUCGUGUGCUAAAUCAACACACAAAGGAUGUGCCAACUGCCAACAAGUCAGAGUCACAUAUCCACCUCACUUCAACCCAACGCCACCACCACCACCAGAACCAUCACUACUGCACCGACCGCGCACUACCAUACCAGCAUAA